CCCUCGGGUUAAGCGGUGUGGAGAGGUUAAAAUGUUUGUGUAAGUGAUGACGAAGCGAAAGAGAUAGGAACAAGACGAGAAAGAACAGCUUCAAAGCGAGAGACCUUCCUGAGUCGACUCAGAACGAGUUGGCUUUAUUUUAAUCUCCUCUGCACUAUUCGUUGUCGAGCUCCUUCUCUCGGUUGGCUGUUUCACCUAAGCUCAUAAUCCCUUCCUCUCCCUCUCCUCGCCGUCGCGUCAUUUUCGUUUGAUUGUUUUGUUGUUAUGCUCCUGUCAUCUGGACUUUAACUAUGGAAGCUCGUCUUGUUUAGGUUGAUUGGUCUUUGGAUUUAAGCAAGGGACUUUCUUUUGAAGCCAUCUUAGAGGCUGUGACUUCUUUGGCUGGUUCUCCACAUUCAUGUCCCGUAAGCUCAACAGUCCUAUUCAGACACAAAUGGCAGUUUCUCUUCUAAAGAGCCCCUUGACCGGGGAGUUCUACGAGUUUAACAAGAUGGGGAUGAAGCCUCCCGUUGGACGCAGGCGUGUUUUUGUCCAAACGGAGACUGGUUGUGUACUGGGGUUGGAGCUGGAUCGCAGUGAUAACGCGCACACUGUUAAAAGGAAGCUGCAGGUUGCUCUCAACUUCCCUACGGAUGAAAGCUCUUUGACUUUUGGGGAUUUGGUGCUUAAUAAUGAUCUUACAUCAGUCAGGAAUGAUUCUCCUCUGCUACUAACUCGGAACAACUUUCACCGGAGUUCAUCGACUCCGUGCCUUUCUCCCAUGAGAGCUGAUCUUCAGCAGGGUAGAGAUGAGUCCAGUUCUAUUGAGAUUCUUGGGAACUCGGUUUGUUCGUCCUUUGUGAGGCAGAUGGCGAAGGAUAUUACAAAAGCGUUGAAGAGAGGGAUUGAUCCUGUUGCUGUCAAUAGCGGUCUUGGAGGAGUCUACUUCUUCAAGAACAGCCGUGGUGAUAGCGUUGCGAUUGUUAAACCAACUGAUGAGGAGCCAUUUGCUCCUAACAACCCUAAAGGCUUUGUUGGUAAGGCGCUUGGACAGCCUGGGUUGAAACGCUCUGUGCGUGUUGGGGAGACAGGUUACAGAGAAGUCGCGGCGUAUCUUCUUGACAAGGAUGGUUUUGCAAAUGUUCCUCCCACUGCUCUCGUGAAGAUCUCUCAUUCUAUAUUUAAUGUUAACAAUGGAGUGAAGGCGAGUAAGCGUAUGGAGAAGGUGUUGGUGAGCAAGAUUGCUUCUUUGCAGCAGUUUAUAUCUCAUGACUACGAUGCUAGCGAGCAUGGAACGUCCAGCUUCCCUGUUUCGGCUGUGCACCGUAUAGGGAUUCUUGACAUUAGAAUCUUGAAUACGGAUAGGCACUCAGGGAACCUUCUGGUUAGGAAUAGGAAGCUGGAUGGUGUGGGGAUGUUUGGCCAAGUGGAGCUUAUUCCGAUUGAUCAUGGUCUUUGCUUGCCGGAGACUCUGGAGGAUCCUUACUUUGAGUGGAUUCAUUGGCCACAGGCGUCGAUCCCGUUCUCAGAAGACGAGCUGAAGUACAUAGCGAAUCUUGAUCCUUUUAAAGAUUGUGAGAUGUUGAGAAGGGAGCUUCCGAUGGUACGAGAGGCUAGUCUCAGAGUUCUAGUUCUAUGUACGAUUUUACUUAAGGAAGCUGCUGCUUAUGGUCUAUGUUUGGCUGAGAUUGGUGAGAUGAUGACUCGAGAGGUUCGUGCUGGAGACGAGGAGCCUAGUGAGAAUGAAGUGGUGUGUCUUGAGGCUAGGAGUUUGGUAGGAGAGAAGGAAGCUGAGUCUCCAAGAUCAGACUUGGGCGGUGAUGUUGAGUUCCAGUUCGAUUUAGAUUGUGAGGAGAACAUCACUUCCCCACUUGGAUUCACUCUUGGUAAUGCUCGUACUCAUCUCUCAAAGGUCGAAGAGACAGCAGAGGAAGAAGAAGAAGAGGAAGAAGAGAAGGAAGUGAAUGAGAUAGCUAUUCCAGAGAAAAUGGCGGCAGUUAGCAAGCUUUCAAUGUCUUUGAAAAGCACUCUUCUUGGUGAAAAGAGCCAGAAGUAUCAGAAACACCCAGGAGCGAGAGCAGAGAGCGGGUAUGCUUCGUCUGGACACAGGAGUGCAGAAGAGCAGAUCCCAGCAAGCACAAGCUUUGUGAAGCUCUCGGAUAUGAGUGAAGAGGAGUGGAAGAUUUUCCUGGAGAAGUAUCAAGAGCUGCUUUAUCCAGCAUUUGCAAAGCGCAAGGCCAUAACUUUAGGACAGAAUCUGAGGCAGAGGCUGGGAACUUCGUGUCAGUUUUGAGAUGUCAGAGAUUGAAGAAGAAGAAGAAGAAGAAGAAGAAGAAGAAUAAAGGAUUGUGUUAGUAAAGGGUUUGGCUUAAGACUGAACUGGUGGAAAAGGAUGGUCAAGUAAGAGAAGAGUGGUAUGGAUUUUAGUGUAAAUAUUGGGUUGAUGUCAGCUUUUAGUGUGGAGGAGAGUCGAGAGUUGAAGAGAGAAUUUAGUCACAGUCUUUUUUCAUUCUUUUAAAAAACUUCUAAAACCCUCAGGGUCUUGUUGGUUUCUACCGUACUGUCUCGUUUAAAGCAUUUAGACCCUCUUAUGUUUUAUAAAUCACUUUGUACAUUAAGAAAGA